UUGGUGUUUGUUGUUAUCUGUUGGUGUUUAUUUGUGCAUGUGUGUUGUUGGCAUUUGUGUUUGUAUGUUGUUGGUAUUCUUAGUGUUUGUUGGUGUUUAUUUAAGUUUGCUCGUGUUCAAUUGUGUUUGUUACUAUUUGUUUGUUUGUGUUCCCUGGUGUUUGCUGGUAUUUCUUGGUGUUUAUUUGUGUUUGUAUGUGCAUUGUUUGUGUCUGCGUUCAUUGGCGUUUAUUGGAUUUUGUUUGUAUGUGUUGUGUUGUUUUGUGUUUGUGAUUGCGUCUGCGGUAUACCCUGCCCUUUACUUUUUCCGUUGAACAGUUUGGCACGAACAGCCUUUCUCACUUUGUGAACUUCAGCUCGUGCCACUCACUGAGCUGUACUUCUGUUCUGACAGAGAAACCACAGGAUGUAGAAAUGUGAAAUUAGAACACCUCGUACACACCACAGUCAUGGUCUCGCAACACACAACACCGCCCGGGAGUCACUCUUCUGCAGGAUAACCAUGACAGAUAAGGUCUGAAACUAUCUCAGUCAUCUGUUUUCUCAACACAGUAACACGGUGACGAUCGAGCGCUAAUGAGACAGAGCGGCGAAAAUGAACAACUCCACCUGGGACUCAUACCAUGCUCCGAUGUCACCUUUCCUUAUCCUGCCUAUGCUGGUGGUCAUUUUUGUGACUGUGGCUGGAAAUCUCCUGGUGAUUUUGGCUGUGGUGCGGACCCCCCAGCUCCAGAACACCACCAGCAUCUUCAUCACAUCCCUGGCCUGCGCUGACCUCAUUGUGGGCUGUGUGGUCCAGCCCAUGAGUUUUGCCAUGCUUCUGACUGGAAACUGGCCACUGGAUAAGACGGCUUGUAAACUCUGGACCUCAGUGGACGUUCAUUGUGUGACCGCCAGCACGCAGACACUCUGUGCCAUCGCUGUGGACCGAUACGUGGCCAUCACCAGACCACUGCGGUAUAAGGCUUUGCUGAAUAAGUGUAGAGCCCUGAUCGUUGUCUGCGUCGUGUGGAUGAUCUCAGUUCUCAUCUCCUUCGUCCCCAUCAUGGGCGAUUAUUCUCAGGCUUUCGACAAUUCAACGGAGACCAAAAAGUGCUAUAACGACAAACGCUGCUGCGACUUCAUCCUCAACCCGACCUACGCCAUCAUCUCCUCCGUCAUCACCUUCUACUUGCCUCUGCUGGUGAUGCUCUUCGUGUACGGUCACGUGUUUCUGAUCGCAAACCAGCAGGUGAAGAUGAUCAAAAAAGACAGACUGCGUUUCAACGUCAGCGAUAACCGGCAGCUCACCGAGGAAUCGUCAGCAGCACAGGCAGAGUUCAGUCGGAGCCAAAACCGAAGGUCGACCAGGCAUAUCGUCCAUCAGCACAGGGCCCUGAAGACUCUGGGCCUGAUCAUGGGCAUCUUCACACUGUGCUGGCUGCCAUUCUUUGUUGCCAACAUCAUGGUGCCCUUAACGGAGAAAGAUCGAGACAAAGACCUUCAUAGAAUCCUCAUGAUAGUUCUAAACUGGCUGGGCUUCAGCAACUCCGGCCUGAACCCCAUCAUUUACUGCCACAGCUCUGACUACCGCACUGCCUUCUACAGUCUUCUGCACCUCCUGAAGAUCAAGCGGGCGAGCCUUGGUAGAGUUUAUAAGCACCUGAGGAUGUGUUGCCCCUGUUUGUCCAGCCUCAGUCCAGGGACACUGAGCAAUUCCAAAGUUUCUCUGCAGGGUAACAGAGCAGAAGCCAUCACACAAACCCCAACAACCACAAGUGAAGCUGCAGAGAUUUGAAAGACGUAAAGAUCCCCACAAGAUGACCACACCCUUAAUCUGCACAGCUGACCAUGGCCUAAAGCAUGACUGAAAAGGCAUGAAGGCCAAUCUAAACAAACUGACGAACCUCUUUGGAUAACAUGAGCCACGAAUCCACUCCAAACAGAUAAUCACAGUGGAGGGCAGAUCAAUUCCAUUUCAUCUUCACCUCAACUGGUGCAGGUCUGGAUGUGUAGUCAUGCUCCACAUGGUGGUGUGUUAAAACCAUGGAGUGCAACUACACCUCCAAACCUUCACAGAGCUUUUACUUUUGUGUAGUCCUCAUACUGAUAUGACAUCCUCUGUUCUGGACCUCUGAAAAAGACUAAGGAACUGAAUCUGGAGGCUGAACUGAAGAAACCUAUGAUGUCAUACUCAGCUAGCCCUCAGACUUGUUUCUGUGGUUUCUGCAGUAAACUUUGUGAAGGAAUGCAAUAACAGAAUGAAUUAAAUUAUGUUACGCACAAGCACUUGGAAGAAAGCAUUAAGAAGCAGAACUGUAGGGAGAUGUUCCAUAAAAAGUCUCAGAGUGUUUUAUAGAAGCCUUUUUCCAGCAGGUAACAGAAAAAACCUCCAUCUGUUUCAGGCAGCAAAUUUACGACUGGCUUUGACUUUUUAUCUUGAAAAAUGACUAACAUUUUCAAGAUUUUCACAUAGUGAGUCAUGAUUUUGUAGCUGACAUAUCACAAGAGAGUAAGUCAAAUUUUGAGAAAGUAAAUAAUUAUUUUGAUCUAACUGAAAAAUAUUGGGAUAAUAAGUCAACAUUUUGAGAAAAGAAGCCAUUAAAUCAACAAAACUGAAAAAUUACGAGAUAAAACGUCAGUUUUGAGGGAAUCAGUCACAUUAUUUUGACAAAGCUCAAAAUGUUCAAGAAAGCAAUUUGAAAUAUUGAGAAAAUAAACCAUUAUAUCAAUGGAACUGAAAAAUCUCAGGAUAGUAAGUACAUUUUUUUUUUCAGGAAAUAGGCCAUUGCUUU